AUGUCACCAACAUUAUUGUCGACGCCCUCUAUCUAUGAUCAUAUGAUAAAUAAUUAUCGAAGGCCUCACACAUUAACAAGAAAUAUUACAGAUACAUUAAACAGUUCAAAUAAUAAUGCUCCUAGAUUAUCUUCAUCAAAUUCAAAACCUGAAACUGAUUGUUUAUUAAUGACAAGAAAAAGAAAAUCUACUCCAGUCGAUGAAGAAAAUCGACGUCAUACAGUUACACAUAUAACUAUAACACAACCUUCUGUACGUUGUUCAGCAAGUAAUCGAAUGUAUGAUAAAAGAGUUCCACAAAAACCUUUAAUAAAUUCAAAUAUUUCUUCAACAUUGAGAGGAAUAAAUGCAAAAAUAAGUGAUACACCAUCAUUAUCAUCAAAUAUUGAAGUUAAACCUAUGGAUUUUCGUCCAUUGAUUAUCAAUGGUCGUCGACGUUUUAAUACAAUCUCAUCAAGUACACCAAUGGUUAUUAUUAAAAAGAAAUCUCCAUCUCCAAUGAAUACCAAUCAUAUUGAGCAGAAACCAUUGCCUCGCUCGAUUCCUGUCAAUAUUACUAGUAAUAAUACGGCAAUGGUCGUUAGUACUGUGAUACCAUCAUCGUUAUCUUAUUCAUCGUCUUGUUCUUCCUCUACAGCUUCAGCAACAUCAAAUAAUAGACCGACGAUUUCUGUACCAAUCCAAGUGACAAAAACAAAGCAAAAUAAUAAUAUUAAAACUACUAUUCCAGCUCCUGCAAUUACUACAAUUAAUAUAACACAUGCAAAUCAACGAGGUUAUCGUUAUAUUCAAAAACAACCACAAUACUUAAAUUCAUUAAUACAUACAAAUUCUUCAAAUCAUAUGCAUACAUUACCACCUCAAUCGAAUGAUGAUGAUGAUUUAAUAAGAACAUCUUCUUCAUCUUCAUUUGGUGGAGAUGUUAACAAACAUAAUACAGAACUAAUGACGGAUUCUAAUGUACUUCGUUUAAUUCGUCGUUAUGAUCCAAAUACUGCUGGUAUUAAAGUAGGUCGUUCGCUUGAAAAUACUCGCGGUAUAUGGCAUACAGUUAAUCCUAAUUCAUUAUCAUCAUUACCGUCCAAUGCUUCUUCAUCUUUACGUUCAUUUCUACCACAACGAACAUUAUCUACAACAUAUGAAAAUAAUGAACCGGUUAGACAAUCAUCGAUGCCGCGACUUCAACGUCAACGAGCAUUUCAUGAACAUGAACCACAAACAUCACCAAAUCUAUCUAAUUCAAGUCAAGCAAUUCUAAAAUAUACUUUACCAACAGUACAUACUGAAUUUAAUAUUCAACCUAAAAAAACUGAACCAUUAAGAAUUGAAAUUGAACCACAUGUUCCUCCAUUAGGACAUAUAACAAAUGAAAAUACCGGUCCUUAUCAACCGUUAAUUACAACUGGUACAAAACGAAUUUGUGCUGCAAUAAGUAAAUCCGCAAAAGGUUCACGUUUACUACAUGAUUUUCCUUCUCCUACGACACCAUUAUCACCAUCAACAUUUCCUGUUCGACCAUCAUCACCACGAACACUAAUUAGUCAACAACAACAACAACAACAAGAAAAUGAAUCAUAUCGACCAUUACUUAGCCGAAGUAAAAGUGCCGGUGGAAUUGAAAAUAAUGAACAAACUGAUGAAAUUGAUGAUUUUGAUGAAAAAUCUCUACCAAUUACAACUGGUUCGUGUGUUAAUAAAUUAAAACAAUUAUUUACACCAAAAUCAUCACUUGAUCUACCAAAAUUUCCAUUAAAUAAACAACAUCGAAUCGAUUCAAUUGAUUCAAAUCUUGAUCGACAUUUCAAUACAAAUGGUGCAAAUAUAAACAAAUCGGAUAUAUAUUCAUCAACAUCUUCACUUAUACAAAAUUUUUCUCAUCCAAAUUCUAUUGACUCACAAAAACAAUCAAUACCAAAUGGUAAUUUAACUAAACCAACAGUACAUAUUCAGGAAAAUUUAACAGUAUCUUCACCAUUACUUAAACGACCUAUACUUCAAAGUCACAAAACUAUCGAUAGUACUGAACCGCUCAAUCGCCCAGAUAAUAGCAAUAUAAUGCCAUCAUCUGAACUUUCAUAUGAUGCUUAUCGUUUUCGUCGUAUGAAUGAUCAUGAUCAAAUGGCAUCAACAACAGCAGCACGUCCAAAAAAUAUAGCAAAAGUUGAACCAUAUUCAAUAAAUACAAAUACGGUUCGGCCAUUAUAUCCAUUAUCGUCAUCACAAUUAAUAGGAACACCAACAACACCAACUACAAUACCAUCAAAAACACGUAUUGUUCUCAAUAGUGUAGGAAAUACUUCAAGCAAUACAUCAGCAUCUUCAUCAGCUGGUUCUCUUGGUGGUACAAUUCAUCAUCAAAAUGUUCGUUAUUCAGACUUUCUUACACCUAAUCCUACUUUUUCAACGCCUGCACCAUUAUCUUCUUCACAUAUAUCUCAACCUCAACCAAAUUCAUCGUCUUAUAUACCAAAUCAAUCAACUUCAAUGUCAUUGUCCGAAACACUUUCGCAUGGUUCAUCGCAACGAUUACCAAACAAUAAUAAUACUACUUUAUUACAUAAUGCACGUUCUACUAAUAUAGUUCCAUCAUUAAACGAUCCUACACAGAGAUUUCGAUCACCAACAAAAUCAGAUCUUUAUUCUACUAAGCAAACAUCUUCUUUACCAUAUCAAAAUGGAAAUAGUACAAUAGUCAAUAAUAAUAAUAAAUAUGAGCAAUUUAAUAAUUAUCCUCCACCAACUUCAUAUCAUUAUCGACCAAGAGACUUUGCUUCAUCAACAUCAGCAGUUAAUACGACAUCAUUAAAUAAUAGUCGUCCACAAUCUCAAGGAUCGUUGCAUUCAACAGUUGUCGAACAACAACAACAACAAGAUGAAAGAUCUAAUGGUGGACAACAACAACAACCUCGUCGUCGUUUUCAAAGACGUAAACAAAUGAAACGUUCGAAAAGCGCUGAUUUAUAUCAAGAACCAUCGUCUAUAUCAUCAUCAACAAAAAAUCAAAUUAAUAAUAAUUAUUUCUUUCCAGCAACAAAUACUAAUGAAGCAAAUAAACAUCAUCGACAACAACGAUCAAUCAGUCGUGAUCUUAUCGGAAUAGGCGGAGAAGAUGAAAACUUAUCAUCAUCAUCUACCACAUCAUCAUCAAUCGCACAUAUUGAACGCACUAAUCGAGAUGCUUUACUUCGUUAUAAAUCAUUAGAUUCUAUGACAUUUAAUAAUCGAAAAUUGAAUUUAAAUGGAAAAACUAAUAAUACUCGACGAGCAGUAUCAAAACCAACAAAUAUUGAUUAUGAUAGUGAUGAUUCAGUUUGUGGUAUACCAAAACCUCGAAAUAUUGCGACAUCAACUGUUGUUUUAUCAUCAGCAUACGUAUAUUUUCUUCAUCUAGAUUUUUCAUCACGAGAAAAAAAUCGCUCUACUAAUACACAAGCAACAUCUAUCCACAAUAUUGGUAAUAGUAGUACAAGUACAGGAAUUACAAAUUUCAUUCGUAGGGAUGAGAUUACAGCCGACCAAGCGCAUAGAUUGGUUGAAUCAAGUUUUCUUACGCAGCUGUCAUCGACAAAAACACCAAAUGGUAAAAAAGAAAGACGAAAAAUAAUGCAACACGAACAACAAUCAAAAUUAUCUUUUACUGAACCACAAUUUUAUGCACGAACAUCCAAUACACCUACAACCAAACGACAUGAUUUAAUCUAUCCAAAAUCUAAUGAAAUGUAUGCAUCACCACCUAUCGAUGAUGUAUUUCAUGAUGCUAUCAAUGAGUUAACCGCAAAUAAAGAUCAAACUAUUGAUGAUAAAAAUAUGCCAACACAAACUUACACUGAUUGGAAUCAUCCAUAUGAAGAAAAAUAUGCAAAACAAUCUGUGCAAGAUCAAGAAUUAUUUAUUACUGAGCCUACAGAUGUUAUAAUUCCAGUAGAAAAAGAAAAACCAUCAAGUAAUACAACUGUUGUUAAUUCAUUUGAAGGUCUUCGUUCGUUUGAUAUGCCCAAAGAAACAAUAACACCAAUACUUAGGCGUCCAUUAAAAUCAUCCGUUGAACAAAUGCAACAUAAUUCUGAGGAUAAUAAUGAUUCAACAACAUCAUCAGUAAAUCGUUCAAUAUACCUUCCAAUUGAAAAACAACGCGGUCUUUCAGAAAUCAUUCGAAAACGUAAUAGUCGAUAUAAAGUUGAAGAUUAUAAACGUUCAAUUCAAAAAGCUAGUACAUUCGAUGAACAACAAUCUGACUAUUUUCGACCAUCAACAACAUCAAACAAUGAUAAUUCAUUAUCAAAUGAUCAAACAUCAUAUUCUGGUCUAAGUCCUAGACAAAUAAAACGUUUUAAUAAAACGAAAUCUGUUGAUUUAUCAAUGGAAUAUGAUCAACGAUCACCACCUUUAGGUUUAAGAAGAUUUAAAUCAAAUGAUAGGAUUUCCGAAGAACAAGGUUCUAAUGAAAACAAUGAAAUUGAUGACAAAAUGAAUGUCGCCGCUAGACGAAAUGUGUUUGAAACAUUUUCAAAAGAUUCACCAUUUGCUCGUAGUUUUAUACGAUCGAAAUCAUUUAAACAAGAAAGGUCACCAUCGUUAUUAAACGAAAGAAAAUCUUUAUCAAUAGACAAAAAACAUGAUACAGAAGAACAACAACAACAACAACAAUCUAAAAUAGAAAAUAUAAUUCCAACAGAAAUUGAUGCAAGUUCAACAAUAGAUAAUUCAACUGCUGUCUUUGAUGAUGAUACAUCAAAAUUAACAUUUAAAGAAAAAAUGAUUUUAUUUAAUAAAAAGAAAAAUCCUAAUUCAACAGCAUCAUUGACAUUAAAAGCUAGUCGUAAUCGUCUUACACAGCCAAUAACAGCUGAAGAAGUACUAGCAGCUGAGCAUUUUUCUACUGAUACAUCUCCAACAUCAAGUUCAAAACAAUUAGAAACAGCACCUACUGGUACAUCUCCAACAUCAAGUUCGAAGGAAUUAGAAACAGCACCUACUGGUACAUCUCCAACAUCAAGUUCGAAAGAAUUAGAAACAGUACCUACUGUAAAUGACAAACCCUUAAUGCAUGAUAGUUUAUCGUUAUCAUUAAAUUCUUCAUCCGAAGAAAAAUUUUUGCCAACAAAAGCAAUACUUCAAACAUCUAUUUUACAAGAAAAUCGUUUUAAUCAAGAGCAUGUUAAACAUCCAUCUAUGCAUAAUAUCGACGAUACAACUAUGUUGAGUCAAGAGGAAGCAGAAAAUAUGAUACCGGUGAGCAAAAGACUCGAACAAUUAAAAACAUAUGGUGAAAAUGAAUGGAAAAAACGUAUUAAAUCAACUAAUGACGCAAAUGAAUUUACUGUUGAAGGAAAACUUCGACAAGCAGGAAAAAUUCCAACACCCACAGAAGAACAAAAACCAUUACCAACAAGUACACGUAAAACUCCAACAUUAAAAUAUAGUGCAAAAAAAGCGAAUACUGAUCAACAACAACGUGCUAAAACAGUAGAUGUUGUUCGUCUGAAAACUGCGUCAACAAAAUCAAAUAAUAAUAAUGUUGUUACAGUAUUAAAAUCAGAUACAGUAUCUGUAUUAAAACCAGAUGAUCAUUUUGAUGAUUUUUUUGCUGAUUCAAAUAAGAACUUAAAUAAUGAAUCAUCUAUUCAAUUAAAUACGGAUGAUCUAAAUCGAAUUGCUGAAAAUGCUGUCAGAUUACAAUCACAACCAGCUCGUGUUCGUCCACCUCGUCGUCAACAGCAAGGUGCAAAAAAUCCACUUCGUCAAAUUCAAGCAACAAUAUCAACUGCUGAUGAAUAUACAGAAGUACAUACAAAUAUUUCUGAACAAGAACUUCGUCGAUUAAAACGAGCUCAAAUUGCUGAAAAUGCCGGUCUUGCUCAAGAAGCUUUAGCUGCUUUGGCAGCUACAGAAAAUUUUGCUGAAAUUAAUCUACGUAAAAUUGAUCGUUCAUCUCUCGCAACAUUUGGUUUUGAACCAUAUAAAGAUAUUAUGCUAAUGUUAAUUAAAGGUCGUCGUCAUUGUUCAUUACGUCUUGUCAAUCCAAUAUUUGAUUCAAUAAAUGAAGGUGAUUGUUAUUUAUUAAUAACACCAUCGAAAGUAUUCGCUUGGCUUGGUCAAUACGCUAAUACAUUAGAAAAAGCUAAAACAAUGGAUAUUAUGGAUUUUUUAAAACAACAUCGUGAUUUUGGUUUACGUAGUGAAGUAAAAUAUUUUGUCUUAGAUCAAGCAAAUGAUGAUACAGAAACUGAUAUUUAUGCUGAAUUUGCUGAUAUGUUACAUGGUGAUGAUGAAAAUUUUAAAACACUCGAUAGUGUCAUUGAUGAUGAUUAUUAUGAAGCUAAUGUUAUGGAAUUAAAUCGUGUCUAUCGUCUUGAUAAUGAUAUGCUUAUACCAUUAGAUGAUUUUUGUUUUCGUUCAUUAUCAGUUAAAAUUCUUGAUCCAAAUGAAGUAUUUGUUUUUGAUUUUGGUUCCGAAGUAUAUGUAUGGAAUGGCAAAUAUGCUGAUAAAACAAAACGUAAUAUAGGUUUACAAUUAGCACAACAAUUAUGGAAUGAUCCAUAUGAUUUUUCGGAAUGUUUAAUUAAUCCAUUCGAUCCAUUAGAUGAUAAAAGUGAAGCUGGAAAUCAAACGGGUAGUAAAAGACCAGUAUGGUGUGUAUUUGGUAAACAAAAUCAAAAUGUUGAAACAUUAUUAUUUAAAGGAAAAUUUUAUGAUUGGCCUGGUGAUCUUAAAGAGCUUAAACCUAUUAAUGAUGCUGCUAAUAAUGUUAAUCGUAUACCAUCAGCAAGACGUCCACCAUCAAUUGUUGAAAUGCUUAAACCAGCUGAUGUGAAUAAAAUGCUUGCUAAACAAGAUAAUCCAGUAAAUAUGAUACUUGAACAAUCAAAUUUAGGUCGUGGAAAAAAUUGGUAUGAUCCAGUUGAAUUACGUGGCCAUGAUGUUCAAACAAUAUCAUUAAAUCUUUGGCAUGUUAGUGAAAAUGAACGUCAUGAAGUAGAUAAUUCUAGUUAUGGACAAUUUCAUACAGAUGAUGUAUAUAUUAUUCGAUGGAGAUAUAAAUUAGUCGCAUCAGGUUUUCAUUCAAUAAAAACUGGUCAAGCAUCUAUGCGAAAAACAGAUACUGGUCGAGAUCGUGUUGCCUAUUGGAUAUGGCAAGGUAUUAAUGCAAGUCCUAAUGAAAAAGGUCUUUCAGCAUUGAUGACCGUGUUUUUGGAUGAAGAAAAAGGACCACAUAUUCAUGUUAUACAAGAACAUGAAGAAGCAACAUUUUUACAAUUAUUUGAUGGAACAUUAACAAUUCAUUUGGGUAAACGUAAUCAAUCAAAUCAAAAGAAAAAUAAUUGGCAUCUUUAUGUAUUUCUUGGUGAAAUUGAUGUUGAAAAUCAUUGGUGGGAAUUAAAUAUUGAUACAACAAAUUUACGCAGUCGUACAUCAUUUUUAUUGAUAAAUAAUGCAGACAACUUCAUGUUACUUUGGCAUGGUUGUGGUACAACAGAGGAACAAAAACUAUUAGCUCAUAAAUCAGCAAUGAAAUUACGUACAAAACGUCCAGACGAAUUUCAUUUUAAUAGUGAAAAAGAGUUUAUUGAAUUUACUGAAAUGCAAGAAGGUAAUGAAACAAAUGUAUUUUGGAAUGCAUUCAAUGAACCAGUACAUCAACGAAAAUAUUAUUCUUUAUUAAAUGUUCGAUCAAAUAAAAUUUUAACUACAACUAUGCGUAUAUUUCAUUUAUCAAGUCUUCAUGGUCCAUUUGUUGCUCAAGAACUUCUCUAUCCUCUUCGAUCUCCUAAACAUAUAUCAGCAUUUCCAUUUACUCAAAGUGAUCUAUAUGAUCUUCAACAACCAGCAUUAUGUUUAAUUGAUGCUGAUACUGAAUUAUAUAUUUGGCAAGGUUGGAAUGAUCUAUCUGAUGAUGAAAUUGAUAUACAACUUAAUAAUGCAAAUAUGCAAGCUGGUGGUCCAAGAGAUAUACGUUUUUCAGCUGAACGUCGUUGUGCUUUUCGUACAGCUGUUGAAUAUUGUAAAACAAAAACUGGUUCAUCUACUGUUGAUUUACCUUGUUCAAUAGUAUAUGCUGGUUUAGAACCAAUUGAUUUUAUUAAUUUAUUUCCGAAAUGGACAAUUAAUAUGAAAGCUAAACAACAAAAUCAAUUAGAAGGCAAAAAUUUAAAUCAAAAAGAUUCAGUUCCAGAUAUGCUUAAAGAUUUAUGUCGUGAACAGUAUACAGUUGAAGAACUACGGGCUCGUCCAUUACCAGAAGGUGUUGAUCCAUCAAAAAUUGAAUUUUAUCUUUCGGAUGAUGAUUUUCAAAAAGAAUUUCAUAUGACAAAAGAUGAAUAUUAUGCGUUACCUUAUUGGAAACAAACAAAUAUUAAAAAACCACUUGGUUUCUUUUAA